AUGCUCAGCGAAUAUCGCGCGGACGCCAACAAGCGGAGCCUCACCGAGGAAUACCUGCCGCCCAGCGACUCAUCAUUGGCAGGGUUGGAGUGCGACCUCGGCACGUACGACCUGACCAAGACGCGCCGUACGGGAACGAGUUCGGGAGCGGCAUCACCUCCGGAACCUGCGCGUACAGCGCUCCAUCGAAGCCCCACGCCCCGGACCCUCUUCACGCCCGCGGCGCUCAAGGCCAUGAAACAGGAGGUGCCGGUCCUCCACAAGCCCUCCUACGACGCAGGCCUCGAUCUUCGUCUCAAGAAGGCACAGGACCACGAUAUCGACAUGCGCGCUGCUUGGGACGCCGCCGACCGGAAGCUGCACGAGGCCGAAAAGCGGGCGGUCAUCCCCGCCUCCGACCUUCUCCAUGGUACUUCUCGCGGCCUGAAGCUGCAAGAUCUCUACAAAGAGCAGCAGACGAACGCCGCCGAGAAGGCCAAGGUCGUGGAAGAGGCGGGUGCAACCACUCUCGACCUCCAGCGGAAGCUGGCCGAGUCCCGUGCGCACGCGGACGCCGCAGAGGCCAAGAAGGACGCCCUUCUCCGCCGCCUCUCGCACGAAUCGUCCCUCGACUGCCCCCCGCACGACGACGUCGAGCUGACCAAACUCCUGGAUGAGCUUGAGACGUGCCUCAAGAAGGUCAACGGGCUUCGGGCGCAGUGGCACAGAUACCUUCGCGUGCUCGAGUGGCACUACACCGGCGACCUCGACUACGUGAGCUCGUCCCUCCAGAGCUUGGCAUCCUCGGACGGUCUCUUGCCGCCCCACGUCCUGGCUGUGCUGUCUGCGGAAGACGCCAAGUGCGCCCAGGACACGGGCAGGGCCCGGGCGGCAGAGCUGCACCUCUCUGCGGAGGACAGGUACCGGGGAAUAGUGGACGAGGUAGGCACUCUGACUCCGUGCCUCGGCACCAGACCAUCGAUCGAAGCGCGCGAACUGGGUCUGGCCGAGGAAAAACUGGUGAGGGUAUCGGCGAUGGUGUCGGCGUUCAACCUGUUCCGCACUGCAGAGACGUACAAGAAGAUGGAUGCGCAGCGAGCCUGUAACGAGGACAACCAGGCCAUGUCCGACGUUUCGCAGUGCGAGGAGCUCCUUGCGGAAGCGGAGGUGCACGAGCAGGGGGCUCUGGCUGACCAGAAGGAGGCCGAGCAGGCCGCGUCCGAGACGCUGCAGGACACCGAGAAGGUCGGGGCCGAGAUGAGCGACGUCGAGAAGCGGUUUGUCGACACUGCCGACGACGACAAGGCCAUCAAGGAACUCGUGGCCGAGCCCCGAGAAGCCUGGGACGAGGCCAUGUUGACGGUGGCUCGCACCAAGCAACACUUCAAUGACUCAACAGUGUUGCGGACAGGAUGCGUGUGGCCGUGA